AUGAGUGAAGAUAGUGACGAUUCAAUGUGUAUAGAUCCGGAAAUUCUAAAAAAAGAAUUAGUUAUUUCAUUACCAAUUUUAAGUGAAGCUGAUAUUCAAAAGAUUUUAAAUGGCGAAGAAUCAUCAUCAACAGAAGACUCAGCAUCAUCAUCAGAUGAAGUUGAAAAAGAUAAAAUAUGUCCUAAACGUGAUCAACGACGUUUAAGUUUAUUAAAUGAUCCAAAUUAUGGCGUUAUUCUUUAUUUAAUGGAUAAAUUUCGUUUACCUUUAAAAUUAAAAAAAUAUCCAUUACGUAUAUUUGAAGAUAAUCUUAUAAGUGAUCAAGAAAAACUUAGUGGACGUUAUGUUGAUCUUCAUUUGACAUUACUUAAAAAAAUUUCAGCAGGAAAAAAUAUUGGACCAGCUCAGUUUGGAUCAUGCAUGACAAAGUUUGCUUAUCGAUUUAAUCGUGAUGAUGGUGAUCAUUUAGAUGAAUUUGGUUAUCCAAAAGCAAGAAUUGAAACUAAACUUCGAGUUUUAAAAGAUUUAUUAGAAAAACAAUUUGAUCGUAAUCAAGCUAUGAAAAAUGCCGUAGCUAAUAAAACUUCAUCGGAAUUAUGUUCAAAACCAUUUGGUCGAGAUCGAUUGGGUGCAUCGUAUUGGUUAAUUCUGGGUGUCGAUGGUUUCAUACGUUUAUUUCGUGAAGAUAUCGAUGCUGAUCGUACAUGGAUAACUUUAGCCAAAAAUUCACAAGAAUUAGAAAGUUUAAUUAAACUUCUUAUAAGUGAUUAUCGUGUACGAAAAAAAUUUCCUGAAUGGAAAUUUUCUUAUGAAUCUUUUAAAUGUGUAACACCAUCAAGUGCAUUUGAAGAACAUUAUUUAUCUAAUUUAGCUGAUAUUGAAAAGAAAGAUGAAAUAUUAGAUGAACUUAAUUCUCCAUCAAUACGUAUUGGUUCAGAUUUCAUUAAAACAGAACAUAUUGAUUUACAUCCUAUUGUUAAUCUUGAUCGAGAUUUACCACCUGCAUCUCCAUAUUCAUCUUUUAUGAUAAAAAAUACAAGAAUCUCGAAUUUCUUUGAUUUAACAUCGGAUCAAGAAUCGAUCAAUUCGAGUGAAAUUCAUGGCAAUCGUUCAAAUGCUUCAUCACCAUCAAAUAAUACAAGAGAUUCUACAUAUUCUGCUGGAUGUGUACAAGAAUUAAAUAAUAAAUCUGAGAAAAAUGCCGAAAUGGACACAACAAUGAAGAAAAUUCAAGGUAAUCAUUCUAAUGCUUCAUCACCAUCAAAUGAUACAAGAGAUUCCGCAUAUUCUACUGGAUGUGUACAAGAAAGAAAUAAUAAAUCUAAGAGAAAUGACGAAAUUGAUGAAAUAAUAAAGGAAAUUCAAGGCUAUCGCUCAAAUGCUUCAUCUCCAUCAAAUGAUACAAGAGAUUCCAUAUAUUCUGCUGGAUGUGUACAAGAAUUAAAUAAUAACUCUAACAAAAACGUCGAAAUGGAUACAACAAUGAAGAAAAUUCAAGGAAAUCGUUCAAAUGCUUCAUCACCAUCAAAUGAUUCUAUAUAUUCUGCUGGAUGUGCACAUGAACUAAAUAAUAACUCUAACAAAAACGUCGAAAUGGACACAACAAUAAAGAAAAUUCAAGAAAAUCGCUCAAAUGCUUCAUCACCAUCAGGUGGUUCCAUAUAUUCUACUGGAUGUGCACAAGAAUUAAAUAAUAAAUCUAAGAAAGAUAAAGAAAUUGGCACAACAAUGAAGAAAAUUCAAGGAAAUCGUUCAAAUGCUUCAUCACCAUCAAAUGAUUCCAUAUAUUCUUCUGGAUGUACACAAGAAUUAAAUAAUAAAUCUAAGAAAGAUAACGAAAUUGACACAACAACAAAGCAAAUUCAAGAACGACAUAAUCAUAUUAACGAUACACAAGCAAUCAUAAUACAACCAUCGUUAGAACAAGGAAUAAAACGUAAAUUAGUCGAUUAUGAUUCUAGUGGAAGUGAUAUUGAAGAUACUGAAAAGAAAGAUGAAACUAAUCAAGGUUCUCAUGAAACUCCAUCUAAGGAAGAAACAAAGAAUACUGCAGAUUUACCGAUUGCAUUACGACGAUCAAGACGAAGACGUAGAACAUGCUUUAUUCAACUUUCUCCAGAUUCAUCAAGUCCAAAUCAAUCUCUUUCACAAAGUUCAACAGAGAAGGAAUACUUGACUGAAAAAUGGAAACGUUCUUAUCAGUCAUUUAAAACAAAUGGUCAUCGUAAACGUUCAGCUGGCCGAGGUCGUCCUCGUGGUAGAGCAUCAAAGCAUGGAUCUUCAUCAACAACAUCCGAUGAUCGUCAGCCAACUGACGAUGAUGAUGAUUUUGAGUUGUCUAGAGAUUAUUUACCUGAUAAUGCAGAUUUAGAUUUACUACUUAAUGGAGAUCUAGUAGAAGAUGAUGAUGAUGAUGAUUAUCUUCCAUGUCAUACAGCUAAAACUGUAGCUAAAUGUUAUGAACAAUCUCAAUAUCUUCGAAAACCAUGUUUAAUAUGUUCACAAGCUGAUAAUCCAGAAUUAUUAUUAUUAUGUGAAGAUUGUGAUGAUGCAUAUCAUUUAGAAUGUCUUAAAUCAAAUUUAAUGUCAGUACCAAAUGAUGAUUGGUAUUGUCCAUUAUGUGAACAUAAACGUUUAUGUGAUGGUUUAAUUGAAAAAUUAAUUGUACUUAUAAAAGAUGAAGAAAAAUUUGAAUUGAAACGUACAUUAACUCAAUCAAAACGAAGAAAACGUUUAACUAAUGUUAUGGUUAAUGUUGACCGAUAUGUUAAACAACCAGUUAUUGGUGAACGAUAUGUUAAACCGCCAGUUAACGGCGAACGAUAUGUUAAACCACCAAUUAAUGGCGAACGAUAUGUUAAACCAGCAGUUAAUAGACGACAAGUCAAUGUUAUUAGUUCAAGUGAUAAUGAUAAUGAUAAUGAUAUAGACAAACCUAAGACGACAACAAAUUCAAUAAAUAAGAAUGAUAAAACUACUACUGCCACUACUACUACUACUAAUACUAAUAAUAAUAAUAAAAAGGAUGAUGAAGAUGACGACGAUGAUGAUGAUGAUAGUGUUUAUGGACGUAAAAAUGACGAGAAUCGCAAGCCUCCCGAUGAAAAAGAAGAACAAACAGGAAAACGUCAAGUACGAUCAUGUCGACGAAAAGCAAAAAGUUAUUGUCUUGAUGACUUUGAUAAAAAAUUUAAAGAUGCUAUGGUUGAUGCUGGAAUCAAUAAAGAAUUAGUUGAAGAUGAUGAUGAUGAUGAUUCAGAUGAUUCGGAUGAUAUGAGUUUUAAACGUAAAUCAGCAAAAAAACGUGCUCGUUAUGAACGAGAUGAAGACUUUGAUGCAUCCAAUAGCAAGAAUGAUACGGAUUUAGUACGAAAUCGAUCUCGUACUAUAAAUGGUGGUAGUCGAAGUGAUGUAAGAGAUCAUGAUGAUCAUGAAGAUUAUAAUGAUUUUAAUGAUUCUGGUGUGAGUGAUGAUGAUAUUGCUUGGAUAAAUAGACGACAAUCAUCAACAUCAUCAAUAGCAAAAAGAAAAUCAGUCUCAAAACCUAAUCGUAGCAAUAUUCAAAAGUCGCCAAGUGUAUCCAACGAUGAUACUAUUCCUUAUACAAUAACACCAAGCAAUUCACCACCACCACCAAUAACCACAAUUAAAACUGAACCAACUAUUCCAUAUCCUAAAAAUUCAUUUGAUACAACUGGAUUUGGUCAAAAUUUACUCAGUACUAAUGAAGUUGGUCCAAAUUUAUUCGAUAAAAAUAAAUUUGGAAGAAAUGUAUUUGGUAUAAGUGAAAUAGGUCAGAAUAUAACUGAGAAAGCUGACACUAAUGGUAAGAAAAAAGGUGCUAGUGAGAAAAAACCACGAACACGAAGACGAACAACAACUAAAAAAAAGAAAUCUCUUAUUCAACAAGAAAAUAUUAGUGAUGAAGAAAAAGAGGAUGGUCCUUUACCACCUAAACAUAGACCUGCUAAAAAACCACAUGAUAGUAAUGAAUCAUCAGUGGAAGAUGACGAUGAUUAUGAUAAAUUAGCACAAAAACGUCGAUUAGUUAAUCAGGGAAGAGCUAUAACACGUACAAGUAUAACAACUCGUAUUAAAAAAUUAGUUGGAGAUGAAGAUGAUGAAGAGGAAGAGGAAGAGGAAGACGAAGAAGAAGAUGAGGAAGAUGAAGAAAACAAUGAAAAGAAUGAAACUUCAGAUAAACCAAAAAAGAAUGCUAAGAAAGAUUCUAAAAAAAAAGUAACAACAGAUAUAGAAAAUAAUGAAAUACGUUUAUCUGAUGAUGAUGAUUUUCCGGAUGAUCAAGAAAUAUUGAAAACAACUGGUUUAAUCAAUUUAAAACGACCAUUAAGUGCAUCCCAAGCAGCUGCUUUUCGAGUACCAUAUAUGCCUACUGUACAAUCAUAUCAAUUUACAAUGAUUGAUCCAACAGCACAUUUUGAUUUUACAUGUCCAACUGAUGAACCGAGUGAUCCGAAUCAAGCGAAUGGUGAUGCCACUCUCCCAACACCAACUUAA